CUAUCCAGCUGGAAAGAGCAGGGCAUCGCGAGGUGCAUGCACACAUACUUAAACACACACACAUUGAUACACACUCAUACAAACAAAAAAUACUCAUACACACACUGGCACAUCCUCAUACAUCCCAGGACUUUAUCUGUGGACCGGGAAAGAAGAAGGAGGAGGACAAACUAAGAGACAAGGAGCAAGAUUAAAGAGGAACUUUUGAAGGCGGAUUCCUUAAAUUAUAACACUUCAUGAAAGGACCGGACGAACAGAAUCGAAAACAAGACUGAAGAUGAUAACUGGAGAAACACGUUUGUUGCUGUAGGGAGGCCUGCUGUCAGUCCAGAGUGGAGACUGGUCAUUAGUGACAUCCUGAGGAUCUGCUGUGAGUGCCAUUUCCCUCCCUUCUCUCUUCAGGACUCCCACCCUCUUGUCAUCCCUCCACUGGGACAUCUCCUGAUCAUCAGCAUGCCUACAGCUUGCACAAGGUGCACCUUGGGAGUCUGACCCACCAUGUGCAGAUGGACGCCGACCGUAGCUCAUCUCUGUCCUGAACCUGCCCUUGGCACCACCACUGCUGCAGCCUCCGCCGGGCGACUUCUCCCUCUGCCUAGUGCAGCCUCCCUUUGCCUGGCAUGCUUCACCCUGCUCCUGGCCACCGCUGGCACUGCCUCAGGGGCCUGUCCUCCCAGGGUAGGGCAUGAACCCCUUCAGGUGCUUGCAAGUGGCAUCAACUGUUCAUGGACAUUGGAAAGGCACACUCGCAGUUACAAUCACCUAGAGGGCGAUGUCCGACUACGGCGACUUUACUCUGCCAACAAGUUCUUCCUGUGCAUUGACAAAACUGGCAAGGUGGACGGCACUCGGCGGAAAAAUUACGCAGACAGCCUGAUGGAAAUCCGAUCUGUCAGUGUGGGAGUUGUUGCCAUCAAAUCUGUCAGCACCGGGCUGUACUUAGCUAUGUCCAAGAAAGGCACGCUAUUUGGAUCGGUUAAGUACAACCCGAGCUGCAAGUUCAAGGAGCGGAUUGAGGAGAACGGCUACAACACGUAUGCCUCCCUCCGCUGGAAGCAUGGCGGCAGGCAGAUGUUUGUUUCGCUGAACGGGCGGGGGAAGCCGCGGCGAGGUCACAAGGCUCGACGAAGACACCCGUCUACUCAUUUCCUGCCUAUGCUCCCAUCCUAGCUGCCCAAGUCUGAACUCUAGCUGGCAACUGGUUGGCUCACCUAGCUCCUCACACUAAUGCUGAUCUAGCCAUGGCGGCGAUCUUUAUUUUUAUUAUUCCAUCCUCUUGUCACAUAAAUGUACAUUUGUUGAAGUCUGUAACAUUUGUAGAGUUAGUAUAAUAUGUAUUUUAAGUUAUUUUUUUUUUCUCCAUUUUCUAAUGAUGCUCAGUAAUACAGUUCAAUACAGUAGAAUUCUAAUAUCUUCAGGCAUCUGUCUGGCUACAGUAUACAUCUAUGUGUCUGAAGUGCAUGUUAAAUGGCGUUUGGGUGACUUUAAGGGACUGUAAGAGGACUGAAAACGGAUGGCAGUGCUUGGAAACAAAAUGCGGCUCACUGGUUUGUUAUGUACCCUGUUUCAGAUGCUCAACUAAAUAGGAAGGGAGGCAUCUGGUACAGGAAAUAUACACUAUCACUCUGAAAUGGCAAGUAUCAUUAUUAAAACAAAAAAGAGGCAACUUUGAGGUGGCUACAAAUCAGGGCCAUGGCUACUACUGAGGACACCGAGGUCAUGUCCUUGGUAUUUUAGGGGGCCAAUUAAAAACUACAUAUCGUGGGGUAGUUCAAGAGCUGAUUCCAGUAUUUUUGGUUUGGAGUCAUGACUGCCUAUGGCCCUGCUGCAAACCUAACAUUAUCCACCGUUGCUUAGUAUAUACUGGCACUACUGGACAAGAUGAGAUGAAAAUCUCUACUCUACGACUCACUGAUACAUUGAUAAUGUACUGCUCUGUCUGUACAUGUUGAUAUAUACAUGUUUGACAAGAACUCAACAGUAACUAAGCUAACUACUGGGAUAACAUGCUGGAUUUUCUGAGAUGACCUUUGUAUGUUUGUGCGUGCUUCUGUCAGACUUGCUUCUACUCAUCCAACAAAUCACAGUCAGUAGAUUAGCAAUCAGUAUCUCUGGUUCUUGGGCUUUAGUUCUGUCGUGAAAUAAUUAAUAUAAGUUUUGAGUCAUUAAAAGCAUGAUAAUGGCUGUAGGUACGCCACACAUCACACAGCAGCAACUUCAUUAAUUUUGUACACAGUAGUAAAUGGUUAUUACAUACUCCCUCUCUGUCAGUUCUUGCUAACAUUUUCUUGACAACGAAGCUGUUGCUAAUAGAACAUUUAAUAUAUUUAAAAACAUUUGGUACUCUUUAACUGUUUGAGGUCGAUGUUUAUUGUUAUUGUUGUCUUUUUGUGUUGGAUUGUAGUCCUACUGUUAAAAAAAUAAGGGAAAAAGUAAUUGUAUUCAAGUCCAUAUUCAACUCAUUUUGGUAUGGUAUGGUAUUACUACUGGAUUAUGGUUCAUUUGUGAUCCAUUUCUCAUAAACUGUUUUCCGGUUAUAGGCCAGUAAUAGCAGGUUGUAUA